AUGGAGCAGCAGAGCCAAAGACCAAGCGACGCCAGCGCCUGGGAGCGAGGAACGCCACAACCUGAAACGAGCCCGCGUGCCGAUCUGGCGUCAUUGAGGCACGCAGAGGGAUAUGCAGAAGAUCCCUUGUUGUCUACGGAGUUCAUCGGUGAGAUCGACGUGGACCAGUUGGUUGCCGAACUGGAGAGCCAGGCGCCACAGCUUCUAUCUCAAGGGGGAGGCUUUUUCGCGGAAAGCUCGUUUGGUGAAAGCACCCGAGGCGCGCCUGAGGCGAGAGAAGUUCCCGGCAUACAGCGCGGUACAGUCGCGCCCGCUUAUGUGGAAAGGAGCGUUUCUGGUGGCGUCGGUAACGCUGCUGCCUCAACCGGCGCCAGGCGUUACAGCAGUGGCUCCGCAGCAAGCGCCAGCACCAGAGCUGUUGGCCUUGAGACGGCCGAGGUCAGCUCGUUUGAGGUGAGCUCGCUCGGCAAGCGACCUAGUGCGCUGGGCAGCCCAUUCUUGCAUCGGAGUCGCAGCCUCACGGCAAGUAUGGCUGCAGCUGCUGCCGCCGCCGCCGCUGGAGUCGGCUCAAGCGCUGAGUUUCGCCAACAGUUCGAGGAGCGGCUACGCAAGCUUGAGCAAGACUACAUGGAACUAUGUCGAUAUGUGAAUGAGAUCCAGGCCAACGUGGCCAUAGAAAGACAUGUGGAACUCCAUCGUUUACAGCGAGAUAAUGCCGAGCUCGCGGCGCUGAACCGCCGCCUGGCCGAGGAACUCGCUCGUAUGCAGAAGCGCCUCCAGGAGGGUCACGGCGGAGCCCAGUCGUGA